CACAAGAGCUUCUCAACCUCACUGGAACAGCCCAGCUGGGACCUAACUGACCCAGUGAGGACCUAAGCCUGCUGGAGCAGGCUGAGAGGGGCUCCCUGGGUUCCCUGGACAGAGCAGUGCCCUUUUCACCAUGCUGUCCCACCUCACCCUGCUGCUUCUGCUGGGAUUCUCGGUGUGCACUGCGGUAGGGGACAGUGGAGAGGAACUGGCACUCAGCACAGAAGCAGAACCCUGGGUGACUGUGAACCUGGAGGGAAUCCCUAUGGCCAGCAUUGAGCUCCGACUUCAAGAGAGGAAAAGAAGCAAGACACGCCAGUUCUUUGGGCUGAUGGGGAAGCGGGUGGAGGGAAUACAUCCAGUCCAGCCAAGACCAAGAACUGGGUAUCAACUGGGACAGUUGAUCCAGAGCCUCCUUGGCAAGAAAGGACUGUCCAUAGAAGGAACCUGCAGACAGGAGACACCCCACUGGAGUACAGGGCCUGAAGCUGUGGCCAGGGAAGGCCUCCAUGGUCCAAGAGGAAGACCAGACUCACCUACCUACCAGCCACAUGCAGCACUCUCCCCAGACACAGAAGAGGAUGACCAGGGUUCAGAGUGAGCCUCAGAGGAUGCUUCCCAAAAGAUGCCUUGCUCCUCUCUUCCCUGGAUGUUACAGCUGAGCAGCUGCGAGCUAACACUCCCCGACCCCCCACUGAACUCAGUGCAUUUCUUCCAGGACUUUUGGCCUCAGGCAGCAAUGUUACACAAUUGCACUACUAUUGCCUUACAAGCUAGGGUGACCUAGACCUCCUUCAUACCCAGGCUCUUGUGUCAGUGCAUUACAGGGAAAGCUUCACACUCUGUAUCCCAUGCCCAACAUACAGUAGGGCUCAAUA